CAGCUCCACCGCGGCUUGUCGGGACACUUCAGAAAACAAAUCCGAAAGUGUCCGAAAAUCAGAGAGCAGAAUGACUCGUUUCAUGACUGGCACAGAGUUCUGAGCAAGCAUCCGGAAAAAAAGAGAAAAGAUUUUAUUUUCUUACCGAAGCGGAUGGGAAUAAUUUGGGAAUACAGCCCGCUCUCCUCCUCAGCUGUGGUACCCUGAAGUCAGACUACAAAGAGCCGUGAGGUCGAGCACUGGUUAAGAUGAAUACUUUCUUUUUAGAGGGGGCCCGUGUGUGGCUGAGACACAAAGAGCAGCUCCGCCCCUCUACUGUCAGCUCUUGUGAUGAUUCAACCCUCAUCCUCACCACCGACUAUGGGAAGGUGAUCUGCCUACAAAAAGAGGAGCUGAACAGGGAGAUGGUGUACCCGAUGCACCCCAGCAGCGUCCAUGGAGUGGAAGACAUGUCCACACUGGCAGAGCUGCACGAAGCAGCAAUCAUGCACAAUCUGUUUCUGCGCUAUCAGAAAGACAACAUCUAUACCAACAUAGGAUCAAUUCUGGCAGCAGUAAAUCCCUAUAAGCAGAUAGCAGGCCUGUACGAUGGCGCUGCUGUCGACUUGUACAGCAAACAUCACAUGGGGGAGCUGCCUCCUCAUAUCUUCGCUGUGGCCAACGAGUGCUACCGCUGCCUGUGGAAGAGACACGACAGCCAGUGUGUUCUCAUCAGUGGGGAAAGCGGUGCUGGGAAGACAGAGAGCACCAAGCUGCUGCUAAAGUUUCUUUCAGUGAUGAGUCAAAACUCAGCAGGUACUCCUCCUUCAGAGAGGACAACCAGGGUGGAGCAGGCCCUCGUCCAGAGCAGUCCCAUCAUGGAAGCCUUUGGGAAUGCUAAAACAGUGUACAACAAUAACUCCAGUCGCUUCGGGAAGUUCAUACAACUCCACUUUUCCCAAAACGGAAACAUCCAGGGAGGUUGCAUCAUUGAUUACUUGCUGGAAAAGAACCGCGUGGUCCGACAGAAUCCCGGUGAGAGAAACUAUCACAUCUUCUACGCGCUGUUAGCAGGGGCAGACAAGGACAACAGAGAUAUGUACCUCUUGUCUGAAGGUCCUGAGUCGUAUCACUACCUGAGCCAGUCGGGCUGCGUGCAAGACAGCAGUCUGGACGACAAGCAGCUCUUCAACAGUGUGAUGGAAGCUUUGAAAGUGAUGGAAUUCAAUGAGGAGGAGAUCAGGGACGUGUUCAAGCUGCUUUCGGCAGUCCUCCAGAUGGGCAACAUUGAGUUCAUGACUGCUGGUGGAGCUCAGAUAACUUCCAAAGGAGUGGUGAGUAACGUCAGCGAGCUGCUCGGCCUCGACUCCUUCCAGUUGUCGGAGGUGUUGACCCAGCGCUCCAUGAUCCUCAGAGGAGAGGAGAUCUGCUCCCCCCUCACUGUGGAGCAGGCCGUGGACUCGCGGGACUCGGUGGCCAUGGCGCUUUAUUCCCAGUGUUUCUCCUGGAUCAUAAUGAGGAUCAACCAGAAGAUCAAAGGGAAAGACAACUUCAAGUCCAUUGGCAUCUUGGACAUCUUUGGCUUUGAGAACUUUGAGGUGAACCGGUUUGAACAAUUCAAUAUCAACUACGCGAACGAGAAACUCCAAGAGUACUUCAAUAAGCACAUCUUCUCCCUGGAGCAGCUGGAGUACAACAGGGAGGGGAUCCAGUGGGAAGCCAUAGACUGGAUGGAUAACGCUGAGUGUCUGGAUCUCAUAGAAAAGAAACUGGGCAUGUUGGCUCUUAUCAAUGAGGAGAGUCGCUUCCCCAAAGGCACCGACUACACCCUUCUGGAGAAACUACACAGUCGACACGCAACAAACCCAUACUAUGUCAAACCAAGAGUAACUGAUCACCAGUUUGGCAUCAAGCACUAUGCUGGAGAGGUGCUCUAUGAUGUGCGUGGAAUCCUGGAGAAGAACCGAGACACCUUCAGAGAUGACAUCUUGUUCAUUCUCAAAGACAGCAGGCUUGACUUCAUCUACGACCUCUUUGAGCGUGUUGGCAGCAGAAAUGGAGAUGAGACCCUAAAGAUGGGCACGGCCCGACGCAAGCCUACCGUCAGCUCGCAGUUCAGGGACUCUCUCCAUUCCCUGAUGGCCACACUAAGUGCCUCCAACCCCUUUUUUGUACGCUGCAUCAAACCUAACAUGGACAAGAAGGCCAACCAGUUUGAUCCUGACGUUGUCCUGAACCAGCUGAGGUACUCUGGGAUGCUGGAAACUGUAAAGAUUCGCAGGGCUGGAUUCCCUGUCCGGAGAACCUUUCAGGACUUCUACAGCAGGUAUAAGAUGAUCCUGACAAACAAAAUCCGCUCAGAGGACGAGAAGGAGAGUUGCUUAGAGCUUCUCACACUUCACGACAAAGACAAGAAAGAGUGGCAGCUGGGGAAGACAAAGGUGUUCUUGAAGGAGGCCCUGGAGCAAAGGCUGGAGAAGGAGAGGGAAGAGGUGCGGCGCAGGGCUGGCAUGGUGAUCCGCGCCCACAUCCUGAGCUAUGUGGCAAGGAAACAGUAUAAGAGGGCUCUGUCCAGCAUCGUCACCAUCCAGAAGAACUACCGCGCUCACUUUUGGAGACGCGUCUUUCUGCGCCUGCGCUUGGCUGCCACUGUCCUGCAGAAACAUCACAGGGGCCAGCUGGCCCGAGCCCUGCAUCGACAGCUCAAGGAGGAGAAGCAGAAGCGAGAGGAGGAGGAGAGGCGGAGGAGAGAAGAGGAAGAGGAGCGGAGGCGAGUAGAGGAGGAGAAGAAGAGGAUGGAGGAGAGGAGGAAGCAGGAGGAAGAGGAGGAGGAGAGGAGGAAGAAGGAGGAGGAGGAGAAACAGAAGCUAGUCGAAGAGGAGCUGAAGAGGAGGGCAGAGGAGGAGGAGUUGAUGAAGAAGGAGGAGCAAAGACUGAUUAAGGAGAAAGAGGAAAAGCAGAAAUUAGCAGAAAACGGGGAAAAGACAAGGAACUCACUCAUGAACGGUGCUUGUCAAAAGGAGCUGUCCCAGACUCUGUCCAACAGCCAUUCGUCUGAGGAGGAAAGCCGUCAGAUGGAGGAGAUCCUGCGGCUUGAGAGGGAGAUCGAGCGUCUGCACAAGCAGCAGGAAGACAGCGUGUCGCUUCUUGGGGACGUCUCACGUGAGGAGCUGCGUCAGAUGAGGGAUGCCGAGAUCUACAGACUGGAAAAGGAGGCUUCUCGUGUGGCUACUGAAUUCUUGGAACUGCUGGACUUUGGCGGUUUGGAGCCAUCCCUCUCGAGCGAGGAGAACCUCCACGACCCAGCUGAAUCUACCGCUCCUCUAGCUGAAGAGGAGGUAGAUGAGGGUUUCCAUGCGGAGGAUGAGCGCAUCGCUUUGCCUGACUUCCCACCUCCAGCUGCAGUUCCUCUUGAUAAGGAAGUAUUCCAAAGUAUUCCCCCUCCUCCGCCUGCCUUUGCAGGAGGAUUAGUGGUCUCCUCCUCAUCAGCCUCCCCUGCAGCAGGAAAGCUAAGCCAAGAUACCCCCAACGGACUGAGUCAUGCCCCUGUCCUCACAGACUCCCAAAUCCCCCACCCUCCACCUCCUCCACUGGUUACUAAUGGAGAAAAGCGGCCACGCCAGAGGGCCUCAGACUUUGAGCCUGUAAAUGAAGAGUCAACUCACACAAACCUGCCAGACGUAGAGUCAGACUAUGACCAGGAAGAGUUUGAGGAGGCCCAUGGGAGUUCAGGUGCUAGCACUAAUGAUGGCCAUAUCACAGACGAGGAGGUGCUGCGAAAAUCCUCAUGCACUCAGAACAGCCUGGACUCCUUCAGAGGCAGCUCGGACUCGUUCAUUGACAGCGAUGAGGACAAUGAUGGAUAUGUGGACACAGAUGAAGAAGUUUGCAAUGGCAGAGUGAAUCUGCUGAACGGCACCGGGCCUCCAUAUUUCCAUGGCUACCUCUACAUGAAGAGUGGUUUGAUGAUCCCGUGGCGCCGUCGCUGGUGCGUCCUCAAAGACGAAACUUUCAUGUGGUUCCGCGCAAAGCAGGACUCCCUCAAAUCUGGCUGGCUUUACAAGAAAGGAGGAGGAAUGUCGACUUUGUCUCGGCGCAACUGGAAGAUGCGCUGGUUCGUUCUGCGUGAGUCGAAGCUCAUGUAUUUCGAGAAUGACAGCGAAGAGAAACUGAAGGGCACCAUCGACAUCCGUGCAGCCAAGGAAAUAGUGGACAAUCACGAGAAGGAAAAUGCACUGAAUAUCGUAACUGAGGAGAGGACGUACCACAUCUACGCAGAGUCUCCUGAAGAUGCCAGCGGUUGGUUUAAUGUGCUGAGUCGGGUCCACAGCGCCAGUCCGGAGCAGCUCAUGGAGAUGCACCACGAACAGGCCAACCCAAAGAAUGCAGUGGGCACAUUAGAUGUUGGCUUGAUUGAUUCUGUUUGUGCGUCGGACAACCCAGACAGACCAAACUCGUUUGUGAUCAUCACUGCUAACAGAGUGAUCCACUGCAACACAGACACACCUGAGGAGAUGCACCACUGGAUAGGCCUGCUGCAAAAAUCUAAGGGAGACUCUAAGGUUGAUGGACAGGAAUUUAUAGUCAGAGGCUGGCUCCAUAAAGAGAUGAAGUCUGGGGCCAAAAGCACUUCUCUGAAGCUCAAGAAGCGCUGGUUUGUUCUCACCACUAACUCUCUGGACUAUUACAAGUCGUCGGAGCGUAGUGCUUCCAAACUGGGAACACUGGUCCUCAACAGCCUCUGCUCCGUGGUGCAGCCAGAUGAGAAAGUCUUCAAGGACACUGGUUACUGGAAUAUAAUUGUCCAUGGGCGUAAACACUCUUAUCGACUUUACACCAAAAUGCUAAAUGAAGCCAUGAGGUGGGCGAAUGCCAUACAGGCUGCCAUAGACAGCAAAGUUCCCAUUGAAACUCCAACACAGCAACUCAUCAGAGACAUCAAGGAGAGCAGUCUGAACGUGGAGGCAGUGGAGCAGACAUACUGGAGGAACCCUAUCCUGAGAUAUACCCAGCAUCCUUUGCACUCCCCUCUUCUACCUCUGCCUUAUGGAGACGUCAGCAUCCACUUGCAAAAAGAAAAGGGUUACACCAGCCUGCAGGAUGAGGCCCUGAAGAUUUUCAACUCGCUGCAGGAGAUGGAGGCUGUGUCUGACCCUGUGCCAAUCAUCCAGGGAAUCCUGCAGACCUGUCAAGACUUGAGGCCAUUAAGGGAUGAGGUUUACUGUCAGCUGAUCAAGCAAACCAAUCAUGUCCCGCACCCAAACAGUCCUGCCAAUCGCGCCCACUGGCAUCUCUUGACCUGUAUGAGCUGCACCUUCUUGCCCAGCCGAGGCAUCCUACGCUACCUCAAGUUUCACCUGAAACGGAUUAAGGAGCUGUUCCCAGGCACAGAAAUCGAAAUGUUUGCCCAUUUCAUCGGUGAGUCUCUGAAGAAGACUAAGACCAGAGAAUUUGUUCCUUCCCAAGAGGAAAUCAUUGCAUUGCUUAACAGACAGGAAAUGACCACCACAGUUUACUGCCAUGGGGGAGGCUCCUGCAAGAUUUCUAUUAACUCCCACACCACUGCUGGAGAGGUGGUGGAGAAGCUAAUCAGAGGUCUGGCUAUGGAGGACAGCAGGAACAUGUUUGCCCUCUUUGAGCACAACAACAGUGUUGACAAAGCGGUGGAAAGCAGGGUCCUUGUCGCUGAUGUUUUGGCUAAAUUUGAAAGACUGGCUGGCAGUGAGGAAGCCCAGGAUGAAGGCCAAUGGAAACUAUAUUUCAAACUCUACUGUUUCUUGGAUGUGGAAAGCAUGCCAAAGGAAGGAGUAGAGUUUGCAUUCAUGUUUGAGCAGGCCCACGAGAGUUUAACCAGGGGCCACUUCCCUGCUCGUGAAGAGACCCUGCAGCACCUUGCCGCUCUCCGCCUACAGUUUCUGUAUGGAGACAAAACACGAGUCACGUGGAACCUGGAAAACGUCUACCCCGUGGGUCGCCUGCGCAAUCGCAUCUUACAGUUUACCAAGGUGGGUGGAGCCUCGGGGUCGGGCCAAACUCUGGAGCGUCGGAGGACCAGUUUCCUGGAUGGGACGCUGCGUCGCGGGCUGAAGACGGGCUCCAUGAAGAAGCAGCGCAUGGAGGAGGAGCAGAUGCUGGAGAUGUGGAUAAAGGAGGAGAUGUCUGCAACCAGGGCGAGCAUCAUGGAGAAAUGGUCCCGCCUCAACGGUUUGGACCAGCACCAGGCUAUGCUCAAAUAUAUGACUAUCAUCAAAGAGUGGCCUGGAUAUGGAUCCACACUGUUUGAUGUUGAGUGCAAAGAAGGAGGAUUCCCACAUGAUCUGUGGUUAAGUGUGAGCGCUGAGAAUGUGUCCGUCUACAAAAGAGGGGAGCCAAAGCCUCUGGAGACCUUUCCUUAUGAACACAUCAUCUUCUUUGGUGCUCCACAGCCCUGCACCUACAAGAUCACUGUGGAUGAGAGAGAAAUGUUCUUUGAAACCCCGCAGGUUGGAGAGAUCACCAAGAUCAUGAAAGCCUACAUAAACAUGAUCGUGAAGAAGCGCUGCAGUGUGAAGUCCGUAUCCAGUUAUGGAACCAGCUGGAUCAGGUGAUUCUGCUGGGCAGGACCACAGCACGCACUCAGCCACCGACACCUGGCAAAGGAAAGGCAACAGAGAUUUUGACUUGAGCAAUGUAGCAACACGGACAAUCUCCACUCAGAAAGAUUCCUUUCUGCCAUGACACAAUGUUGAUUCUUUACUGCUUGAGGCACAUGCGGGAACCAUUCAAGCGAUGGUGUGCUGCAGCCCUCCGUGCAGUCUCCGAAAAUGUCAGCUGAUCUCAUUUCUCUUUACACUGGUCCUUUCUCACGUUACUUGAAAAGCUAUUCAGGUAUCCUUUCACGGAUUUAUUUUAAUGCACAGAGUAAUUCGCAGGAGCUUACGUGCUCUUUCCUCCCAAAUUUUGUUGCAAAAUCAACAGUUCAACUCUCUGAUUGCCACUAUAGUGCUUUCCUUCCCCAUUUAGAGGUCGUAAAUGUGUUGCAAUGGAAAACAAACACUGACUGAACUGGCACCUUUAAAAGCGGUUAUUCUGUUGAAUACUGCGAUCCGUUGUGAUGAAUGUUCCCCUAAAAUGGAGGUUCCCUCAGGUUAUUGUGUAAAAUAACUGUCAUUCUCCCAGGAAGCAGAAAGUUUAGCCUCUUCACUUUGCCUUGUGGCUAUUGUAAUAGUUUUAAGAGUAGACGUGGCCUUGCAGGAUCAUAAUAUAAAAUGGCGAGUUGUAGUUCUAACUGCAGUUUGCCUCGUGUAAGACAAGAAAGAGAAAUUAAAUGUGAAUAUCAACUGCACCACAGUGUCUAUAAACACUGUAUUGUCUCAUAAGGCGAUGAUGAAUAAAUCGGUCAUAAUAUUUGUGCUUCUGUCCUCAAACAGGCACUCGGGGUUGAGCUGAUGUCAUGUUUGAGCUGAGUGUACGUAAAAGCCAAAGCUGAUGUUCGCGGACGUGUUUGACAAAGCAUACAUGAAAACGCCUUCUCUGAUUUUUUUUUUUUUGUUGUUGUUGUUUGUUUGUUUGUUUGGGGGGUUUUUUAAGCGAUGUCAGCAGCCAUGUGAGGAUGGGUUAUUUAUUUAUUGAAGUGUAAAAAUUGUUUGGGAGAAGCGAAUAGUGUGCGUGAAAUGCAGUGACGCAGUUUUGUUGUAACUUUCUGUGUCUGUUAUUUGUGGAUCGAGCGACGCAGAAAAACUGAUGUGUUUCAGAAGCGGACGAGCUGUUCAUAACUUACUGUUGAUUUUUAGCCACUCUGUCAUGUUUCUGAGCUUUCGCCACUGCUGAAGUAAUUGCUGUGUGUGUUGCCCUCAGCACCCAACUCGCUGAGUUUCUGUUACUGUCUCAUUAACCAGAAGACGUUUGCUCCGCUUAUGCCAUUGUAAAAGAACACGAGUGAAUCAAGCUUAUGCCAACCUACAGUAUAGUUCAUGAUAGGAUGAUGUGAUCGCAACAUAUUAAACUUAGUAUUUACCUCACAUUACAUCACUGUCUUCCAUAGCUCUCCAAUCAUACUCACUUAGGCGCUCUGGUCAGCUGCUGGCAGCCAAACCAGAGACUGAUCUUGCCAUCGAUGAUGACUGUAUUUCUGAGAUUUCUGAUUGUUUUGAGGAAGAAUCAGAAAAUGUUUUAUAUCAGAAUUUAAAGAUGCUUUAAUAAAUUAUUGUAUUUCAAAAGCU